AUGUCUACUGACAAGAUCACGUUCUUGACCAACUGGCAUGCCACGCCCUACCAUGCCCCGCUCUACUUGGCACAGAGCAAAGGUUUCUUCACUGCUGAAGGCAUCAAAGUCGCGCUUCUAGAGCCCAACGACCCGAGUGAUGUUACCGAAAUCAUCGGCUCCGGUAGCGUGAACAUGGGAUUCAAGGCCAUGAUCCACACCCUUGCUGCCAAGGCUCGCAACUUUCCCGUCACGUCCAUUGGAAGUCUUCUCGACGAACCCUUUACUGGUGUUGUCUAUCUGAAGGAAUCCGGCAUCACCACCGACUUCCGCUCCCUACAGGGCAAACGUAUCGGCUACGUCGGUGAAUUUGGCAAGAUCCAAAUUGACGAGCUCACCUCGCACUACGGUCUGACCCCCGAGGACUACACGGCCGUCCGCUGUGGUAUGAACGUGUCCAAGGCCAUCAAGAACGGCGAGAUUGACGCCGGCAUCGGCCUGGAGAAUGUGCAAAUGGUCGAGCUGGAGGAGUGGCUGGAGAGCCAAGGCCGGCCCAAGUCGGACGUGCAGAUGCUCCGCAUCGAUGAGCUGGCAGAGCUGGGCUGCUGCUGCUUCUGCUCCAUUUUGUACAUUUCCAACGACGAUUUCCUGGCCCAACAUCCCGACCAGGUGCGGGCGUUCCUCCGCGCCGUCAAGCGCGCCACCGACUUUGUCCUGAGCGAGCCAGAAGCGGCCUGGGCCGAGUACGUUGACUUCAAGCCCGUCAUGGGCACGCCGUUGAACCGCAAGAUCUUUGAGCGCAGUUACGCGUACCUUUCCAGCGACCUGCAGAAUGUCAAGCGCGAUUGGACCAAGGUGACCAAGUAUGGUCAGCGGCUUGGUGUCCUGGGUGCCGAUUUCGUCCCCAACUACACCAACGCACACCUCGAGUGGGUUCUGGACGAGACUUCGGAGGACCCUAUGGGUGACCAGAAACGCAUGGUAGAGCUUCAGUGCGACGUGGCUUGCCGUGGUGGUUUCCAACGACUUCCCCGUCCUGCCGCUGCUUAA